UCUGUCUUUCAGAGCAAUGAGAUCAUACUAGCAGAUGAAUCUGUAAAAGUGAUCAAACAAGAGAACGUGGUUGACGUACUAUACCAGGUCCACUCUCUCGGUCUCUAUGUUGUUGUUGAGGCUGAAAAUGGCCUGAUCCUCAUGUGGGACAAGAAGAAUAGCCUGUUCAUCAAACUCAGCUCUACCUUCCAGGGCCAAGUGUGUGGUCUGUGUGGUAACUAUGACGGUAAUGGAAAGAACGACUUCACGUCCAGAAACCAGGAAGUGGUUGUUGAAGCUCUGGAGUUUGGGAACAGCUGGAAAGUGUCACCCAGUUGCCCCAACGCUGAUGUCAUAAAAAACCCAUGCACUUUAAGAUCAUACAGGCAGUCCUGGUCUCUGAAACGCUGCAGCAUCAUCACCAGUAACGUUUUCUCAGCCUGCCACUCACAGGUGGACCCCACGCCAUUCCAUGAUGCCUGUGUGAGGGACUCGUGUGCCUGUGACACUGGGGGAGACUGCGAAUGUUUCUGUACAGCUGUAGCAGCCUACGCCCAGGCCUGUAACGAGGCAGGGGCUUGUAUCAAGUGGAGAACAUCAGAUAUCUGCCCUCUGUUCUGUGAUUUCUACAACCCUAUUGGUGAGUGUGAGUGGCAUUAUAAUCCGUGUGGAUACCCCUGUAUGAAGACCUGCAAGAAUCCCUCAGGAACAUGCUCCAGUCAGAUCCCUGCACUAGAAGGUUGCUAUCCAAAAUGUCCUUUGGCCCAGCCUUAUUUGGAAGAAAGUACCAUGAAGUGUGUCAGUAAGAAGGACUGUGGUUGCUACGAUGGAGAUGGAACUCAUUACAACGAGGGAGAGAUUAUACCUUCCAAGGAGAACUGUCAUACAUGUCGUUGCUCAUCAACUGAGGUCAGAUGCAGCUAUGUGGUCCAAGAUUGUUAUUGUUUGUACGACGGCAGAACAUACCUUUAUGGAGCGACCAUAUAUCACACAUCUGACGGUGGCGGGACCUGUAUUACUGCCACCUGCAAAGAGAAUGGAACUAUUGUCCGGAUUAUGAACCCCUGUCCCAGCACCCCAACUCCAACAACUACACCAAGUGUUACAGCAACACAGAUAUUCACUCAAGCACCGAACACAUUUGUUUUCUCAACUCCUGCCACUACCCCAACAACAACCCCUACCGCUACCCCCACAACAACCCUUACCACUACCCCCACAACAACCACUACCCCUACAGAAACCCCUACCACCUCCACAACCCCUACCACUACACCCACAACAACCAUUACUCUGACAACAACCCCUUCCACUACCUCCACAACAACCCCUACUUCACCAACACCCACUUCACCCACUACUACUCCACACUGCCUGACCAAGACUGUCUGUGAUUGGUCAGACUGGAUUAGCAAAUACUAUCCCUCUGUUGGACCAGAAGGGGGAGAUUAUGAAACCAUAGAAAAUAUAAGGAAAUCUGGUAUUGAUAUUUGUAGCCAACCUAAAGAUGUAGAAUGCAGAGCCAAAGACAACAUCUUUGUUCCUUUGGCCGAACUAGGUCAAAAUGUUGAAUGCAAUCCCUCAGUUGGACUGAUAUGCCGCAACAAGGAUCAAGGCAUCCCACCAAUAUGCUACAACUACGAGAUCAGAGUCAGAUGUUGUGUUGAUGUUUGUAGCAAUGAGACAACUACCACCUCAGAAAGGCCCACAACAACCAUUACAACAUCAACAACUACCCCAACAACAACAACAACAGAAAGUCAAACAACAACUACAACAACAGAACGUCCAACAACAACAACAGAAAGUCCAACAACCACAACUAAGUCAACAACUCCAUCCAUAACAACAAAAGUAACAGAGGAAGUUUCAACUGGUCCAGAAUCAACAACACCUACCACCACAACCACAACAACAACAACAACAACCACCACAGAAAGUCCAUCAACCACAACAACAUCUAAGACAACAACAUAUUCCACAACAAGUGAAACAACAGAGGAAAUUACAACUGGUCCAGAAUCAACAACACCUUCAACAACCCCUACAAUUACCCCAACAACAACCCCUACCAUUACCCCAACAACAACCCCUACCAUUACCCCAACAACAACCCCUACCAUUACCCCAACUACUACCACAACAACAACUCAGACUAGGACUACCUCUGAGGUUACAACAACAGCAGUCACCAAAGCAUCUACCACAACAACAGACUUCACUGUAGUCACAAAUCAUACAACUGGUCCAGAAUCAACAACAUCGACAACAACCAUUACACCAUCAACAACAACAACAACCACCACAGAAAGUCCAACAACAACAACUACCCCAACAACAAGAACAACAACAGAAAGUCCAACAACCACAACUACCGCAACAACAACAACCACAACAACAGAAAGUCCAACAACCACAACUAAGUCAACAACCCCAUCCAGAAUGACAAAAGUAACAGAGGAAAUUAGAACUGGUCCAGAAUCAACAACACCUUCUACCUCUACCACAACAACAACAACAACCACCACAGAAAGUUCAUCAACCAUGGUAACGUCUUAGACAACAACAUAUUCCACAACAAGUGAAACAACAGAGGAUAUUACAACUGGUACAGAAUCAACAACACCCACAACAACCAUUACACCACCAACAACAACAACAACCACCACAGAAAGUCCAAAAACCACAACAACAUCUAUGACAACCUAUUCCACAACAAGUAUAAAAACAGAGGUAAUUACAACUGGAACAAAACCAACAACAUCGACCACAACGAUUACACCUUCAACAACCGCUACCACUACCACCAUAACAACCACUCCUUCACCAACAACCACUUCACCCACUACUACUCCACACUGCCUGACCAAGACUGUCUGUGAAUGGUCAGACUGGAUUAGCAAAUACUAUCCCUCUGUUGGACCAGAAGGAGGAGAUUUUGAAACCAUAGAAAAUAUAAGGAAAUCUGGUAUUGAUAUUUGUAGCAAACCUAAGGAAGUAGAAUGCAGAGCCAAAGACAACAUCUAUGUUCCUUUGGCCGAACUAGGUCAAAAUGUUGAAUGCAAUCCCUCAGUUGGACUGAUAUGCCGCAACAAGGAUCAAGGCAUCCCACCAAUAUGCUACAACUACGAGAUCAGAGUCAGAUGUUGUGUUGAUGUUUGUAGCAAUGAGACAACUACCACCUUAGAAAGGCCCACAACAACCAUUACAACAUCAACAACUACCCCAACAACAACAACAACAGAAAGUCAAACAACAAGAACAACAACAGAAAGUCAAACAACAACAACAACAACAGAAAGUCCAACAACAACAACUAC